CACCUCUGCAGUUCCACGCUUGAAGAGGACAUGCUUGGAGCCACGAGAGGCGAGGAGGUGUAUGACCAGGAAGUGGAGGUGACAGGAAGGACAGGAUGACAGGGCAUUUGGCUCAGCCCAUGGGCUCCUUAGAAAUGUCAGCUCUAACCACUCUUUGGCAAAUAUAUGAACAGUUCUUUCCAGAAUGUGAUGACAUCAGGAUGUCUCUGGCCGUUGGUUCUUCCCAGUGGGAGGGUCUCCAAUACUCACUCCUUGGUUGCAAGUGUCAAGGGGAUGCACAGAUGCUAUGUCCUUGCCCAAAGGUAUCUGGAGCUCUGAGAGGUUUAUAAGGAAGCAGGAUCUGCUCCGAGAAGAGCAUUUAGCACUCUCCACCAUGAAGGGGACACUGUUCCUGCUGACCUUGCUGGUGACCGGAGAGCUGGGCUGCCAGACAACGGAAGCAUGCCAGGCCUAUUAUAAAGUCACUGCUUCUGUAAGUUUUGGAAGAAGGGCGCUAAUGCAUUUCAUCCUUAAGGACUUCAAUCCUACUUGGCAGGAAAAACUGGCUUUUAAUAAAAUCCAGGAUUGCUACAUCGAGGGAGGACUGAUGACCGGUAUCUGGCAAUCCAAAGUCAUGGGAGACACCACCUUCAGCGAAAAAUGCCUGGCAUUCCAUAGCAAAGAUGACUAA